AUGUUUUUCGACUUGAAUGUCCCUUACAGCCCCGAUGACCCGGAGGUGCCCCACACUCUUAACUUCCUUGCUGAACUUGGUUACACCACCGUUGCCUUGUCCCAAACAAUUAAUGGAAAGAUUCCCCCAACCCUCGCUCCACCUUCUCUUCCGACAAAUGCGCCGAAAUCUCUCCAACUGCUGACCCGGUUAACCUUGACUCUUGCCGAUCCCGCGCAAAACAAUCGCCUAGCGGCCCUGAGCCAAGCUUAUGACAUCGUUGCUUUGCGUCCCACAAAUGAGAAGCUGCUUCUCAACGCAUGCACAAAUCUGGAAUGCGACGUGAUCUCGGUUGAUCUCUCAGUGCGACUUCCAUACCACUUCAAAUUCAAAAUGUUAUCCGCGGCUAUCUCACGUGGAGUCCGCAUUGAGAUUUGCUAUGGACCAGGGAUCACAGGGAGUGGUCUUGAUGCGCGGAGAAACCUCAUUGGAAAUGCGACUUCCUUGAUCCGCGCGACACGCGGUCGAGGCAUCAUCGUGUCCAGCGAAGCACGACGAGCCUUGGGUCUGCGAGCCCCAUGGGACCUGAUCAAUCUCGCCUGUGUCUGGGGUCUAUCACAAGAGCGUGGCAAGGAAGCAAUUUGCGAAGAAGCGAGGAAGGUGACCGCGUUGGCCAAGUUGAAGCGGACCAGCUGGCGGGGCAUUGUGGACGUCAUUCACGGUGGGCAGAAAGCUAAACCCGAGGAGUCGGCAAAAAAGACGAAGAGUGUACAGAAGUCCGUUGUCGAAAACCCCCAAGAGCCCGAGCAAGCAGAAAACGGGGUCGAUAAUUUGAAGAGGAAGGCCUCAACCAGCUCUGAGCCUGUGGUCGAGGAUCCCGAUAAGCCUCUAUCGAAGAGAGAUUAA